AUGACCCCCAACGAAAAUCCGCAACCAAAGACGCGAAUAAAAUUUGAAAAACUGGUUGAGAGAAAUAGGAAAGAGAAAACUAUUCAGGAAGAAAUCGACGAGGCAUACCAAGCCUGGUGUAUUGCCGCGGAUAAAGACGCAGACCUUAAAUGUACUGCAGUACAAAACGAUGAACCACUCCAAGGGAAAUUACUUUUAGAGCCCGCAACAAAGCUUUCAAAUAAACCACCUUCGCUUUGGAAUGAAGACGAUGUUAUGCCAAUCGCAAAACUUAUCUCCGGUCGAAUUGCUAUCGAUGGAACAGGGGAUAACAGCGAGGGAGCUUGGGCCUUUGCUAUGAUAAGCCAUGAAUUCAAUCUAUUUUUAGAUAAGCACGAUGAGAUACGCGGAUUAAUUGAUCCAACCUACGUUGUAGCCGAUGUUGGUGGGCAAAAUUUGCCCAACUUUCAACUUAACCGCUACCCACCACCAGGUAGUCCGAUUAAUGCAUUGACACAAUAUUCAGAUUCAAAAUAUAUAUGGGCUUUCAACGGUGCUGGGGGAAUUAAUCGAGCACAGCAUUUAGUUGGCUGGAUCCAAGCUUUGGUUCCUGGGAUUAGAUUAUUCGUAUUCAGCACUAAUUCUCCUGCACAAUAUUUUUAA